AUGCCUCCGCCGGUGAUUUGCCAUGUCGUCGCCGACAUCCCCACCGCGGGCCGCUGGGAGCUCAAAGAAUUCCCAAAGCUCGACGAUGUCGUGACUCUGAAGGAUGAGCUCUUUUAUGACCAUCGCGAUCAUUCUCUCGACAGAGAUGUCAAAUACUCGGAGGCAGUACAGCUACUCCGACAGUACUCAAUCGAGGACCUUCGCGUCGCGGCCGAGAACAAGAACGGUCCCCUCACGCUCGAGUGGGCGGUCCGCCAAAUGGCUCGCUGCUGUCCGCUCGACACGAUGCAACCCAUCGGCGGCAAAGUCCGAGAGCUCCUCGAAGACCUCGGCAAAUCCGACGACCCCACCCCCGCAGGUCGCCUCCUCGCGAACCGCGCGCUCGCCGCCGCCGCCUGGACCAACUUCCAGUUCUUCCUCGACCACCACAUCUUCGGCGGCACUUUUCACUCGGCCCGCACGCACCCGGGGCUUACCAGAGCCCUCUGCUUCUGCGAAGAACUCGCCGCGCGCGGCUUCUUACCCCCAAUCGUCCUCCGCGUCGCCGAGUGGCUCGCGUCUUUCACUGGCGUCCUCGGUGUCGACCCUUUCGGCCUCCCCGGGUUCUGCAACCUCGUGCACCUCCUCGCGGCGCACCGCGUGCACCGCGCCGCGCUCGACAAGUGGGGCGCGGACCGCGCGCGGAAGAUCAAGGGGCGCGAGAACAUGUACCGCUGCGCCGCCCCGGGGUGCGGGAUCCAGGCGGUCCACAAGCGUGCGCUCCGGAGGUGCGCGGGGCCGUGCGCGGGGCGGUGGGAGGCGUACUACUGCAGCACGGAGUGUCAAGACCGGCACUGGACCAUGCACCGGGUGUCGUGCCGCCGUUCUGCGCCCGAGACUAUCGCAAACGACGACGGCGACGCGGACUGGGUCGACGAGGAGACGUACUACGAGGCUGAGUUCUACGGGAAAGAUCCCUGCGACUGCUCGAAGUGCCCGGUCGCGAAACCUGAGCACCGGUGGCGGGCGCGGAACACCGGCGGUAUCUUUCUGGAGUUUGAACAUCCGUGGCCGCGUCGGAGGGAGGGAGAGAUGAUACGCAUUGUCUCUUACUCUCUGGCCCCUCGCAUUCUCCGUCUGUUCAAGCAGGAGUUCGUGGAGCUCAUGUGGAAAUGCCACCUAAGUUUCCGGUCCUAA